UCUCUUCCCUUCCCGUUCCACAAACGCCCUCUCAUUCAGCCUCUCACUCACGGCUCAAGACCAGGGUGGAAGAGGAAGCGACCGGUCCUGAUGGGAGUCCAGCAUCCGGCCUUCGCCCCAUUGGUCUUGGUGGGGUUGCAGGUGCUUUUUGGUCAUGGUGGAGAAGGCAAGAUCCCCACAGCACUGGAUGUGAGACUCAUCGGCACUGGUGACAAUUGUUCGGGGCUGCUGGAGUUUAAAAAUACAAGCAGCUGGGAGAGAGUUUGUGCCAGCCUGUGGAAUAGGAAAAAUAAUGAACUGGUCUGCAGGCAGCUGGGCUGUGGCUUCCCUUCUCAUGAGUUCUCAAAAGUUUAUGUUUCAGUUUCUGGAACAGGACCAGCGAUUACUGUGUCCUGCCCAUAUAAUGCGAAUGCUCUGAAAGAUUGCAAACCACAGAAAUCCAACUGCACUCAACAUCAGUAUGUGUUUGUUAUUUGCAAUAGACCAGAAAAAAUCAAUACUUCACCACCAACUCCAUCACUACCCACGCCAGAACCCACAGGCGCUCCCAAACUGCGGCUGGCAGAGGGUAAGUUCACCUGCUCAGGGAUUGUGGAGCUGUACAAGGAAGGUCACUGGGGAACAGUGGAGUCACGUCCAGAAGACCAGAAAGAGCUAGCCAGGAUCAUCUGCUCAAAAUUGGGCUGUAGAGAUCCCUUAAAUGAAGGUGAAGAAUUGAAAGCGGGAGGCCAGCAUUUACCUGUGCAUUGGACUAUGGUGACACCUUGCAGUGUGGACACUAUUUGGGAGUGUUUCAACAGAACCAGACCCUCUUUGAACAAAAAGCCAGCCUCCGUCUUUUGCUCUGGCUCCCAGCCAAAGGCAAUGGAAAGGCUUGUAGAUGGCCAGAGCCCCUGUGAUGGGAACAUCGAAGUCUUCCAUGAGGGGAAGUGGGAAGUCCUUUGUGAUAAGAGUGAACACAGGCAACGUAGAGGAGAACAGAUCUGCAAGGAGCUGCAGUGUGGGAACCUCUCAUCCAGCGCUGAAGUCAAGGACCACAAAGUGGAGGGAAUAUACUGUCAGGAGGGGAGCUUCCAUCUGUGUCACACCUUCCAAAGAAAGACCAAGAACUGCUUCAGAACCAGAAUCGUGUGCCAGGAUUUCAAGCCAGUUUCAGUUGAUGUGGGAGCAGGAACCAUCAUGAGCAUCCUGCUGGCUCUGGUCCUCUUUGUAGUCUUCCUGAUCAUCUGCGGACCCCUCAUCUACAAGAAACUAGUGAAGAAAUUCUCCAAGAAACAGCAGCGCCAAUGGAUUGGACCAACUGGAUUAAACCAAAAUGUGUCGUUCCAUCGCAAUAGCACUGUCACCCUCCGGCCGAGGUCUGAAGGUCAAAGAGCUCAGGGGGAAGAAAAUGACUAUUCUCAUACUCCCAAGAAAAACUCCUACCUUUCAGCCUAUCCAGCUCUGGAAGGAGCAAUCCGAUCUUCCAACCCUCCAGACAACUCCUCUGACAGUGACUAUGACUUGCACUCAGCUCGGAGAGUAUAGCCCCCUUCUGAGAGACAGAGGCAGGAUCCAGCAUAUGGAAAAACUGAGAGAAGAGAAGAACAAUACCUGAAAUAAUUCUGCACUCAUCACCUUGGAAAUAUUUCCAUGUUACUACAUGCAAAUAUAAUGGCUUUUGCUACACUCACAGAGGCAAAAGAUGAGGGAAUCUAUAUGGACCCCAGUAUCACCCCCAUUUUUCUAGAUGGGGCAAGGAGAAUCAAGAUACCUACUACUUCCCAGGUAGCCUUUAGCAAGUCACUUAGACCCAGCAUUCCAAUAGUGACCUCAGAUUUGCAUGUCUCUGUUUCUGGGUGCCCUAGGUGAAGACCCCGGCAGCCUGGCUUUGAACUACAUUGCUUAUUCACAGUGCCAGCUGAAGCAUAUGUGUACGGUAGUUGCUGAGCACUUCUGAAAAUCAGGUCUGUGCGGCUCCUGCUAGACAUUCAGAAUGUGAGGCAUUCAGGAACAAUGGAUACCUUUUUAAAAAUGGGUCAUACAGUUCUUUUAAGAUUUUACUACCCCACCAUUAUCAUGGUAUCUGAACACCUUCCUGUGACAAAUUCAUCUAGCAUCCAUCGCUUAAAGUUUCAUUUCCUUUUUCCUUACUGGCAUACACAUGUAUGUAUUUUAAGCUGAUGUGCUUAAAGGCAAGCAGGUAGAUAGAGGAGCUGGGUAUUCCACUUGAGUUGGAAAGCAGUACUGUCCCCUGCAAGAAUGAUUUGCUUAGACUCUGUGUUUCCCCAUCCCUAAAAUAAGGAUAAUACAUCCAUCACCCUGGAGUUGUGAGGCUAAAUGUGUUAAAGUCUGUGAGGUACAGAUACCAGGAUGAUGAGCAUCAUGGAAAAAAAUUAUAAACUGUCUACUGUGUUACUUAGGAAGCUGCAAUGAUGAAUGUUGGCUGUGUUUGUCACUCUGUAGAUGUCUGGUUGGUUGAAGAAGCCCAGGAGUGUGGUUUUCCUGUGGUAACGUGCAUGAAUGGAGCUUGAGUGAACAUGUGUGGGGGUGAGGAGACAGGUUUGUAAAGACGCAAGUAAGACUGAGAUAUAGCAGCUAUACGUUGAGAGUGGCAAGGAGAUAAUAAUGUUCAACACAAAUGUGACUGAGAUAUUUAAUAAGCAAUAAUAACAGCUGUAAUAAAAUAUUUUCCUAGUAGUUAUGUUUCCUUUUUUCCACUCAUAAGUACAGUGCCUAAGUGCAGAACAGGAUUGACACAGCUCUAUGAAAAAUGGAGAAAGUGUAGCUUUCUGGUAAAGCAUGACACUGAGAUUCAGGAUAUCUGGCUUCAAGUUCAUGACUCUCUUCUGAUUUAUGGAAUCACAGUCUCCUUAUACCUUGGUUUCCCCAUCUCUAAAAUGAAGAUAACAAUACUUCUCUUGUCUAUAUAUGCAGUAUUUCUUGCUUUGCCCAUCUCCAGUGUUGAUGGAGGCAUUUAGACCACACUGCAAAGUAGCUUACUCAUAACACGGUUCUGA